AUGGACCCAACCGUCAGUUGGCCCUUCCCCGUGUUCCACUUUUCGCCCUUUCCGCGCCGCUCCACGCCUGUCUCGUCUCGCUUCCCAACUCCAACUCCAACUCUCACGUCCGACUCGAACACCUCUUCCUCCCCGAUUGCGCCCCCCAAGCACAACGCCGCAGAUGCUGCUGCUGCCGCGGCCGACCGACGCCCCUGUCGCCCUCUACUGACAUUUACCCAUCCGAUCAACUCAUCUACCUGUACGCGCCUCUGGCUAGCUUUCCGAAACAGCGCGAGUCCGCCAAUGCAUUUGCUCCACCGACGCGAUUCCAACGACGUCUCGCGCUUCGCCAAACGACAGCCACUCGCAGCGACGCACUCGGACGACCGCUACGCUUGA